GGGCACAAAAAGUAGAAAUCAAAAGCUGAUACUCUCUGUGUAAGGCAGGGUGGGAUUAAUAACAGUGUGUUUUAACAAAACCGUAAAGAGUAAUCUCAGAUAGAAGGAUGAGCAAAUAUUUCCAUGUAGAUUCUCAUUCAUCCAGGUCAUGGUUAUCUUGAAGACUACAAAAACAGGCAACUGGACUGUGUGGAGUUGAGAAGACGUUUCGCUUCUUAUCCAAGAAGCUUCUUCAGUUCAGUUGAACUUCUUCUUUUGAACUGAAGAAGCUUCUUGGAUGAGAGGCAAAACAUCUUCUCAACUCUACACAGUCCAGUUGUCUGUUUUUUUGGAGUCUUCAAGAUAAGGAUGAGCAAAUAUUCACAAACACACUGAUAGAAGCAAAGUCCAUAUUACAGCCUUUAAAGAAACAGAAUAGAGGGUAUCAAGUGAAGAAUUCCUCUAUUCAUGUAAGAUGUGUCCAUUUAGAUUCUCAUUCAUCCAGGUCAUGGUUAUCUCGAAGACUUCAAAAUCAGGCACAGUCUGGUUGUCUACACAGUCCGGUCCAGUUGCCUGAUUUUGAAGUCUUGAAGAUAUUCAUGAAAGAUGGUUACCCCCUGCAGAACAUUAAAAAUAAGCAAAAAUUCAGUGACCGUCAAGCAUCUCUCUGCAUUAGUCACCACCACUUCUUGCAUUUCGAAAUCCUUGUCAAACUCAUUCUCUGAGACAAGGCUUUGGAAAUGUGGAAGUGUUUUAACAGAAUGAAGCACUGUUGUAGCACCCUUUUUACAAUGAAAAAAAACAGAAGCUCUCAUAGCAACAACUCAAAGCUUUAUUUCACAUGUAUAACAAUCUGUAUUAGUUACAUGUGGACAUAUAAUUUUCUUUUACAGUGUUCAACUAAUGGAAAACUAUAACAUGGGCAGUGAAUGUUGAAGAAUUUAAGCAAGAAUAAAAUACAGAAUAACAUUUUAAAAAAGUAGAUCUUUUAGACAUGUGAAGACAUAUCUCAGCACAAAGAACUAAUUUCACUCUUGCUACAACCCCAUUUGCAGCAUGCAUUGGAAAGUCCAACAACUACAUCUCUUCCUUUCCUGUCCGCACUCCUCAAAGCCUCCAACACCUCCUCUGAGAUUGGUGAGCGAGCUAAGCGGUAGAAUCCAGCAGCCGUAUUUGAUGAAUGAUCUUUCCAGGCUUGGGACCCUGAAGGAUCCUGUUCACUGGCAAGUUGAGGGAUGGGGUUUGUAUGCCAUGGGUCAAAAACCUCCUCUCCGAUAGGAGCUGGUGGAGAUAAAGGAUAAGUCUCCCAGUUAUUGAGUAAGGCUGUAGGGAAAACCUGGUACAUCAUAACAAUGGUCACCCUCUUAAAAUGAUGGCCUAAAUCAAUUAUCAAGUUUUUCAGAAAUUUUUCUGAAUUCUCUCAGAAAAUGGCCUAACACAAACUCUUUACAUAGCCCUCAUACUACAAGGAUAGUAUCACAUGAUCUGUCCAACUGAGGAUUUAGGCGAUUCUACCAGAGAUGGGCAGCAUCAUGAAGGACUGACUUCAGGGGAAAAAAGUAAUUUUUGUCAAAAAGUGACAUAUGCCAUUAUUUUGAGAAAGUGACGAUAAAACAAUCCCACCAACAUAUUCUUACCUGAGUCUCCCACGCUUCUUCUCCAACGAGAACCACCACAGGUAAAGAUGACAGCUCGUAUGAACUCUCUUCCACACAGUUUCACCCCAUAAAAAGAGGGAUUGCCAUCGUCAGACUGCACCUUGUCUGCCAAUACCACCAACAAGCCCAGGGUCAAGAUUGCUGCCUUCCGCAUGGUGAAGGUGAAAAGACGCUGAAGAUGUCAAAAACUGGAAAUGACUUGAUGUACCUGUGUACUUUGUGCUUUUCUGGACAAUCUGAAUCCUUUUAUAGACCCCAGCAUCUCAGAUUGACCUGAGCUUACUUGUACUUGCUUCAUCAUGCCCUGAGAUAAGACCAGAGACCUUUGAAAGCAACAAUGCACAUGGGGAAUAAGAAAAGUUGCGAUUAAUAACAGAGGUGAUGUCAGCAGAGUUCCUGGGAAUCUAAUCACCUGUGACCUUUUAAUGGCCUUUCUGUCCCUUUUAUCAAAGGUGUCAUGCUGUGGGUCACCAGCACAAUCUCAGCCUCAUUGUCUGCUCUGCAGUGCAUAGGAUGGCGAUCACUAUCCAUUCACCCAUAAACAAACACUCUCAUUUACAGUCUAGGGUUUCAACAUACAAGUUUUAAGAGAUAGGCUACUUUAAAAUGCAAAACAUAUUCUUAGAGUCAACCAAGCUCCUGAAUUUUACAAAAUUAAAAAAACACAAUCCUACAGGAGGCAGAGAUAAGGUUAAAACAGUUAAUUUUAAGUGAAUGAGAUGACAUUUAAUCAUUUCCUGUGUAUCUACUUGACAUUUUGAGUAAUCAAAAGUAUCAUUACAAUCGGGCUUUUGACGUUGGGCUGCGGGAAAAUGAUAGACAAGGACUUCCUACCAAUCAACGUUGGGUUAUUCUGUCGACGUUACGUCCACCUUCUAUAUCAGCCAAUCAGGCAUCAGUGAGAGGCGGGGCUCUAACGAGAGGGUAGCAACAGUUGCCCCGGUGAAGGCAAGGCGCCAUAGUCACGGUAGUCCUGGCGACAAGAGCCAAGCAACGGGAGUCAACAAUAACAACCCAAAUCUAAGGAAAAAAUUGAACGACUAUAAAAGGACAAUUCUGGGAUAACCUAGAGGUGAAAAACAAAAGUAUUUCAGGAUUAUAAUUCGUUUACUUUUUAGUAUGUACGUGUGGUUGUUUGUGCGAUCCGCGGCGUUAACGUGAAAUUGGUCGGCAGUGACGGUGAUGAAAGUGGUUGCUAGCUUCUCUCCAAACGCAGACGGUUGUUAUGGCGAUGUCAGAUCUAUGAUAAGAGCACAAGAUGGCGGAUGUGUUAGGUAGUGCCAACCGUACUUUUAAAGCUCAUUUAGCGAGGGGUUUUCGGACAGUUUCGACUAUUGAAGAAGUUGUUUUUCAACUAACACGCGGCGGUCGUCGAUAUAAUGACAGUCCUCCGCGAGUAACUAGCGACUAGCUGAGUUAGCGCUCUUUAACGUCACAACUCAGUGGAAGCGGCUAGUUAGCUGUGGAGAGCUAUCACUGUCGCUUUCUCCACACUUCUGUGGAGCUUCUGUGAGCUACACUCAAGCAUUCAAUUCAGUAAACACAGGAAACUGCUCAGAAAACUUAGUGGGGUCUGAGCUAUGAAUGCUGAGACAUUGGUCAGAUAUCUUUAUAGCAAUAAUGUGACUUUGUAAAAGUUUGGAUCUGACUUGGGUGUCGACAGGUCACUCCCGUGAACACGGUGUGCUGGAUGAUCAUCUGAUUGUCUUGUUUGCUGUGUUGGUUUACGCAAGAGCGGCUUAUCCUGCAGAAAGUCCUGACUAGCAGUGUGUCAGUGAGCAGUAUGACUUUGUUCUUAUAACGUUGUAUCCGGGGCUGUCCUCUUUCGUAUGUUUCCUAAUUUUCACAUUGUAAAUGAGUAAAUUUUGCUCAAUACUGUAUGCUAAGGGUCAUUGCUCUUUGUUUUUGAGACACUUGAUAACUUGGUUUUGGUUUUUUAAAUUGUGGGUUAUAUUACACCCACUCACUAGCACACACAUACACACACACACACACACACACACACACACACACACACACACUUUGGCUCUUUUGUACACAUGUUAACCUAAACACUGUGUGUGGUGUUAAGUCAAAAAAAGAGAAAUUAUAAGUCAACGUAGAUGUUGUUGUAAAAGCAUAUAGCACUUUGGUUGAUGAGUUCCUCUCUUUUCAUCCACAGAAGGAGUGCCUCAAAGCCUUAGUUGCUAUGGCAACUUCUGGAUACUCAGAAGACCUUCAGCCUCAGCAGACCAACACAGUAACCAUAGCAACACCUGCUUCCACCACACCCUCAUCCUCAAAGACAGCACACUUCCUGUCUGACAUCCCAUCAACCUCAGGAACCAUUGCUUCAGUUAACCAAUCAGCCACCGCCUCAAAAACAGGACAGGAUGCACUUUGUUCUCAAGCAACACCCACCCAGGCCCAGAGCCAGAAGGCCGCGGUUCUGACCACCCCCACACAACGCUAUGUAACCCCUGAAAAUCCGGCCUCUACUGUCCAGAAGAGUAAUGGUCAGAGCAGCUCUCCUCAGUACAUCAUUGUGACUGUUACAGGUGAGAGGCAAAGGAUUGUCUGACGCAUACCUACGUACAAUACAUGUACUUUGUACAUACACACACACACACAGACCACAUGUUUCCACUCAGAUAGGCAGCAGAAAGGCAUGGAAUAGCAUCCAGUCCACAGAUGUGUCGAUUGUCCUGAAGAGUGUGAGAAAGGGAGGGAGGCUGGAUCUUGAUUUCACACUUGCAGUUUGUCAAGUGCAAAGUGAUGGAUUCUAGGAGUGGGAGAAAAAAUCGAUACAGCGUAGUAUUGCGAUAUUUUGUCUGGUGAUAUAUCGUCUCAUUUACCAAGUAUUAAUUUUUUUAAAUUAACUGCUAAUAUGAAGUCAAAUCUAUGAUAACGAAAAAAUAAAAUCAACUGUUUGUCCAGUGAGAUUGGCAGAGGUGACAUCUUAGAGCAGGAGAAAGUUAGUACAACAAAUAUAUUUAAGAUUUGCAAGAUGUGCUACAUGAAAAUAAAAUACAGCGCAAAUAUUGCAAAAUGUAAAAAUUCGCAAUAAUAACGUAUCGUGGCUCAAGUAUCGUGAUUAUAUCGUAUCGUGAGACCACUUGUGAUUUCCUUCUCUAAUGGAUUCCAGUUACUGACCAGUACAGGGAGAAAUUGAGUGUAAAGAUGGGCUGUAAACGGAUUCUUAACAUUAUGUUUGUGCAUUUUAAAAUAAGUUUUUUUAGCCCAUAUUAACAGUGUAAAGACAUUCAUUGCAGUGUCUUGGUGUGAGAGCCAAAUAAAUGCAAUGACAUAUACUUGAUAAUCUUGACUAUGAAGUUUAUGCACUGUUGCACCAGUGUGCCAUGAAACCAUAAUUUAAAGGUAAAAGAAAGCUUUAAAGUGCUCAUUCUGCUGUGCUUAUUUUUCCGAAUAACUUCGUUGCAAGUUGAAAAAUGAACAGGAGUGCAUGUAAUUAAUGUCACUUGUCAAUAUAAUUUCAUGUAGAUAUUCCAAGAUAAUAUUGAUUACUCACUCAAGUCUGUUGACCUUAACGUUGCACCCUGAAGAUGUCCCUAAAUCAAGUUUUCCACCACAUUGAUUGGCCUACCACCCAUUUAACAAGUGCAGCAGCAGGAAGAUGCUGCAGGGCACACAUUUUUAAAAAUCAGCACUUUCAUUUCCCCCUGAUCUCACUGUAGUUAAUGCUUAAUGAUUGAUGAAUGAUUUCUUUAUUUAUAUCUAGAAACUUUGCUUUCUAUUAUGAAAGAGUGCAGACUAAACAUUAGAAGAGUUUAUCAGUUUUACUUGCUAGAUAACUAGAAGUAUUGUAAGUAACAAGUUACAAAAGUUGACUCAUAUUUCUUUUUUUUCAAACGAGAACAUUUUAAAACAGGGACUUGUAAGAAAUAAUCCCCUAUUUGGUGAAGCAUCAAAAGUUACAGCUUUAGAUAAAAGAUUUUAAAGAUGUAGUUAGAUGGCAAGGACGUAACAGACUACAAUUGAGAAAAUCAAUCAGGACUUAUUAGUCAUUGAUUAAAGGGAGUUUUUCUUUAGAGUACCCUGGUCAUGAAGGUCAAAGGUCAUUGCCUUUAAGCAGUAUCAUUAGAUAUCUUACAUCAAAAUCAGCAGAUAUCUAAAUCCCACCAUGACAGAAAAAAAUUAGAACUGUAGCCUGCCUGUCAGCUCAGGGAGUGCAUACAUUAGGAGGACAAGCAGGGCUGUCAGACUUUUGCGCGGUUUGUUGCUAGGCUACAUAGUCCCAAAUGUAAGAGUGUAGAUGGCUGAUGGAUGGAUCCUGGCUUCCUUUGUACUCUGCUGCAGUUAGUUUUACAUAGAGUUAAUGAUGUUGUUUUCUGUAUGUAUUCCACCACCUUGGCCCUAAGAGAUGCAAAAAAAUCUUUGAGCCAGUUACUUUGGUAGUUAAUCCAAUGUGUGCUCAUGAAGCUUUGAAGAUUUUGCAGAUAUUUGAACAAAUUAAUUUGGGUCAAAUUAACCUGAUUUUAUUAUGGUCCACACAUAUCUGCGUGUUCAUAAAAACAGUUUGUACUUUAAUACUGGUGGAAAUGGCAACUUGUGUAAAUGAAAUAGAAUUACCCUUGGUUUCUGUCUGUAUGUUUAUUUUCAGACCGUCUAUUCAUAGUUAUUUUGCCUGCUAGUAUCAGGUAUCACUGUGCACUCUCACCCAGAGAGAGGGCGACUCACAGGCCUGGUACUCCCCUCGUUCUUAUGGGAAAACUUAGUCAACUCAAUCAUAGUGCUUUAACUCCUACAGUUUCCUAAUAUCUGGAUCAAAACUCCAAAAAGGACAGAUCUAUUCAGAGCACUUGCGCAGCUUCCUUUGAAUACACUCAACAAAAAAGACACUUUGAAUGUUACGAUUUUUUAUACUGUUUAUACACAUCAUGCAAUUAUGAUUGAAACUGAUAGUGUGUUCUCAAAGCCACCAUGAUAAACUUAAAAUGUACACAUUGAAAAAUUUUCUUAUUCGCUCAAAAUAACUUCAUGGAGCUCAGUAGUAAAUCUUCUGCUUUAUGUUCUGAUAUCAAAUUUGCAGGUUACUUAAUUGAAUUCAUAAUGAAUGAAGACUGUUUUGUAACCGGUUAGAAACACUUAACAGUAACUUUUUAACUCAAUUUGAAAUGGCUAAAAUUUAGAUGAAAGUUUGUGUUGUCAGUCUGGUGUGAGAUAACUCUGGAUUCUUAGAGAGACCUUGUUUAGCAUUAUUAAGCUCUUUUACAAUGACAGAAGUCAUGACAAAAAUCAACAAAUUUAGGCUUUUGAGUUCAUUUUAUUCAUAUUAAAGAGACAAGCAACAAGUGUGUUGUUGAAAAAGUAACACAAGCUCUCUUGUGAACUCAGUUUAUCUAUACGGCGCAUUUCAGCAUCAAGGCAAUACAAAGUGAUUCACAUUAGACACAAAAAUAAUCACGACAAAGGUCAGAAGAGACAUUAAAUGUGACAUUUAAACAUCAUAAAGACAAGGCAUCAACAAAUCAAAGCAAAAAUAAAAACAGCAAACAAGUGAUGGUCAAAAAUAAUUGAGUCUGAAAUACAAGCAGAGAAAGUAAAAUGGUGUGUUGUACAAUAACAAUGGGUGUUGAAAUCAUUUCUUAAACUAAUGAAAUAAAAAGGCUGCUGUAACUGAGUGAGUCCUCAACUUUAAAAGGUCUCCAUGUUUGGUUAGUAUACCAGUCCCUGACAACCUGAGUGGUCUGUAGGUUCUUAUUAUAUCAGAAGAUCACCGGUGUGUUUUGGCCCUCAGCUUUUCAGCAAUUACAAACCAACAGUCGUGUUUUUAAAAACUCAAAAUCUCUUCUCUGACAAACAGGCAGCCGAGGGAUAGACCCCAGCUGGAGGGCUCUAGCAGCGGCAUGCUGAAUCAGCUGCAGUCACCUGAUUGACUUUUUAGGAAGACCUAAGACACCGUAACAGUAAUAAAGUUAACUGAAAAUCAGAGCAUGGACAUUUAUUUCCUGGCCUUCAUAGUGGUUUUUCAACUUUAAUGGUUGAAGCUGCUGACUGACUUUAAAUCACUCCUCAGCAGCUAUUCAAGUUCAUGUUUGUUAAAAUGAAGUGAAACGGCAUAUCCAAUCACUGACUUGUUCAAGAAACUUAAACGACGGAUACAUUUAUUCGUGAUCCCCUGGUGACACUGUAAGGUAGAUCUGUGUGUAGUCUGCAUAUUUAUGGCAAUCUAUUGUAUAUGUUUUACAGCUUUAGUCAGUGGAAACAUGCCUAAGGAUGGCACCUUGGGGAACUUUACAUGUGGUUUUUUGUCUGCUCCUAUAUCAAGUUUUUUUUAUAGGCACUGUAGUCUCUGUCCCCAAAACUGUAGUUUUAGCAUCACUCAUAUGUUGUGAGAAUAUUUGUAUAUAAGAGAGACAUGUGUUAAAUCUGUUUAGUCUACAUGCUUGAUUGGUUUUUACUUUGUCUGAUCUUAGCUGUGAUUGUCAGGAUCAGGUAAAUUUAUACCAAGUCAUGGACCAGAAUGGCUUGUAAGUAACUAAAAACCCCUGUGCUGUACACCUCAGAGUCUGUGACUAGUCGGGCUGUUUCCAACAUUUAGCGUAGGUAAAGCACCAAAGGAGGACAACAUAGUUUAAUAUCAUUUUUUUCAUAGUUGGCUUUGGAAGAACUAUUUUAGUAAUUGCUUGGCUUUCCUAAUAGCUUUUGAGAAAAGAGAAAUUGGAAUUAAAUUUAAAGUUCUUUACAGUCUUACAUGUCCCAUGACUGUGUGCAUGUUGAUAGCUUUAACCCGAGUUAGAGUAACAUGUUUAGACGGCAAAAAACAGAGUGAAAUAUUCUCUGAAAUGAGAAGUUCAGGAAGGAUAACCCUCUCCUCCAACCCACCUUUCAUCCUCUGUUUUCUCCCUCCUCACAUUUGAUCUGCAUGUUUACAAGAUGGAGUGAUUUGUCUCUCCAUUAGGGGAGAUUAGCUGUCCAAGGCUGUCCUUCUACAUGCAUCAUAUAAGGAUGGUAGUACAGUUUGGCAGACACACUUCUCCUCUUACCCACUGUUCAGCUAAACAAAGAAAAACAGCACUUUGUCACAGGAUGUUCUGCACAGGCUGCUUUUAUGAUUUGGAAACAGUUUGUUGUGAGUAUUGAACUUGUAGUGAUUCUAACAGAUGUCUUGUUUAAUUGUGUUCGAUUAUCUGAUGAAACUUCUCUCUUUUGUCCUCUCUCUGCUGUCUUUAGAUGACUCUGUUCACUCCAAUGACAGUCUGUCGGACUCAAGUCCACCUGCCCCGAGUGUUCCUGCUCAGGUGGUCCAACCAGUACAGACCACCGCACAGGUAAGAUGCAAAUAUUGAAACAUACCACAUGAAUGAGCUAUUUGACCAUUUUGGAGUAAGUCGCAGCAUCUUAAGCAUGAUCUGACACUUUGUCUUUUUCACCAGCAGAGGUCAGUGUUGCAAGCCGCCAAGAGGAUUCAGACUGGCCAUAUCAACAGUUUGCAGCACAUGAACCAGGAGGUAAAAAGAACAUCUCUUUUUGAGUUUUGAAUAUUCUUUAAGUUUCAGUACAUUUUAAAAUCAAAUCCAACAUCAUUUUGGAUGCUGAGGCAGCAAACACAACCAUCUUUAUACUUCUUAAUUCAGUUUUAAAACACACAUUACAAGAUUCUUUUCAUGACAUGAGUUUUUAGUUUCUAGUUUGUAUUUACGGGGCUAUACAUGCUUCAAAAGCAGAUCAUACAUGGUUUGGUUAUUGUUCAGGUGGAGCAUGUGUACGCUGGCCAGGUUCAGUAUGUGGAGGGAGGAGGAGGAGGUGAAGAUGCAACAUUUACCACAUCCACCAUGUGAGUCGAGUGGAACCUGCAUGAUGCAUGUUUCAAGGCCACUCUCACAAACAUGUUGUUAUUUUCUGAUGUAUUCUGUGUAUUUACACGUUCUUAUUUGUGCCGUACAUAUUUUUUAUUUUCUGUCCAGUCGGCCGAGCAACUUUCCUUUCACCGACUCACCCAUCUACUCCCAGACUCCUCCUGCCUCAUCCUCCACCUACUACGAGGCCACACCCAGCUCAGAAUCUGACCUCAGUGGCUCUGUGACCUCUCAGUCGGUUUCUGUGGCAACAGCAGGAGUCAAUAGUGGAGCAGCUGCAGGUGGAGUGGGUUAUGUUAUCCAGGGAGGUUAUGUGUUGGGAGGAGCUGGAGGUGCAGUAGCUGGAGGAGGAGGAGGAGGAGGACAGAGUUACUCCAGUCCUAACUCUCGUGCUCCACCUGCUACAGUGAGUACCAGAGUUUGAAGGAAACCGUUUUCAUGUUUUUGUUCUGAUCAAAGACAUUAAAGCUCUUUAAACGUUAUUCUUCUGUAGGUGCAGUGGUUGUGUGAUAAUUACGAGGGGGCAGAGGGGGUGAGUUUACCCCGCUGCACUCUCUACUACCACUACCUGCUGCACUGCCAGGAGCAGAAACUGGAACCUGUUAAUGCUGCAUCCUUUGGCAAACUCAUCAGGUCUGUCUUCAUGGGGCUACGUACACGGAGACUAGGAACCAGGUAUACACACGGACACAGAUUCACACACAGCCUUUGAGUUUGCAAGAUACAGAAGAACAUGAUUGUAACUUUUCAUGCUUUUGUUUCAGAGGGAACUCUAAGUAUCACUACUAUGGUUUAAGGAUCAAAUCUGGCUCCCCUCUGCUUCGACUGAUAGACGAUCAACAGCACAUGGCCAUGAGGCAACAGCCUUUCUCACAGAAAAACAGGUAUCCACUCAUGACAUACUUUCUUAUUGUGUGUGUCCUUGGCUAUGAGUUCAGAGUUGGACAUGGACACACUAAAGUGCCACAAGUAAACAGAGCAACUGUGGGGAAAAACAUGGAAGAAACAAGAUGCAACAGUUUGUCUUUGUGUGGAAUGUAAUGCUGUGUUUGAGUUCCCAGCGUUUCAGUUACCAAGUCGGAAAAAAGCUAAAUCAAAGGCGGAAACAAGACGGCUACAUCUACGUAAGUUAUUAUAGUGCUUGCCUUGUCUGAAUAUAAAGCAAGCGCUAAAAUAACUUUUGUAGAUGUAGCCGUCUUGUUUCAGGCCUCCGAUUUUGAGUUUAUCCGACUUGGUAACUGAAACGCUGGUAACUCGGGUGUGACGUCAUUUUCAGCUCGAACGCAGCACAAGUUCUGUUCUUCUCAUGGCUUUCUGUCUUACUGACUGAUGGGUUCUCUGUUGGAUAGGAUAAAGCCAGUUCAAAAGACACAGGGGAUCACCAAUGGGACAUCAGGUGGGAUAGCUCAACAGCAGGCAGCAGCACUCUGUGACAUUUCAGCCCAGGUGCAACAGUAUCAGCAGUUUUUGGGUAAGAAACACCCGCCCCUUUCAAAAUGUUGACCAUAACUUUGUAGCGAUAAUCUAGCACUUAUUUUUUGCUUCCAUUAUUGCUUGCUGUGCGUUAACUCUCUGCUUUGCUGUUGCCGUGUUUAUGCAGAGGCCUCCAGACCACUACCAGACUUUAUGGACAUUGAUCUGCAAGACAGGACCUUGCCUGAUGGGAUCCUUUUGGAACACCUAAAGGCCUUUCAGACUUUCUACAGAGAACACUGUGAGGUAGGCAGCUAUGAACAGUGACAUUUAUCACAGCCCUAAUACAAUAGUUGUUGAAAUAUAGGUUUUAUAAAAGCCAGCUGGAUGAUAUCACAGUUGAAGUAAACUUUGGAGAAAAAAGAAGACCCAAAGCUUCUUGAUUCUUUUUUUUUUUUUGCUGAGGAACGUGUCAAGUAAUCCUAUUUGGCCAUUUAAAACCCUUCUGGUGUGUUUUGUUUGAUCCCACAGGCCAUACUGGAUGUGAUGGUCAACCUUCAGUUCACUCUGGUGGAGACACUGUGGAAAUCCUUCUGGAGGUUCAGCCAGAGCAAUGACACAGAAUCACUCAACUUGUAAAUAUCAACAAUUACUAAAGCAGUCUCAUGAUUUAAUAACUUACACACACAUGAUUUGUGUGCUGCUUAAACUAACAAAAACUGUCUCAUGUUAUCCUCAAGGCACAAUGAAUCUGAGAAGCGUUUACCCAAAGCGUUUCUGGUGGUGCUGUGUAAGUUUGAGCCCGUGCUGCAGUGGACAAAAGAGUGUGACAACCUGCUCUACCAGACUUUGGUGGAAAUCCUCAUCCCAGAUGUGCUGAGACCCAUCCCCAGUGAGUUAAUAAAGUCUGUAGAAGCAAAUUCACAACCGCAUUAUUGCAUGUCUGAAUGUCUGUUUUUCAAUCCGGGGCAAGUUCAGGGGUUACCCUUCAGUACAGGAUUGCUUGUAUAAAUGUGAAGUUCACCCUCUCUCUCUACAAUACUCUCAUCUCUGCUUCAGGUGCCUUAACUCAGGCUAUACGUAACUUUGCCAAAAGUCUGGAGAGUUGGUUGACGGGGGCCAUGAUGAACAUCCCAGAGGAGAUGGUUCGCACAAAGGUACUUAUAUGAUGGUUUGACAUGGGAUGGGUGGAUAUAUCCAUAUUGAAUUUUCCUUUGAGGAUCAAUCAAUCAAUCAAAUUUUAUUUAUAUUAUAUAUAUUUAUAUCCAAAGAAAAAGAGCAGGUCUGGACAUUCUUUGAUGAAUUAUCAAGACCCAACCUUAAGAUGGGACAGAUUUGACCCAUCUCAUCUAACAUGAGUGACAGUGGCAAGGAAACACUUCCUUUUAACAGGCAGAAACGUUGGAGAGGACCAGACUCAUGUUAGACAGCCACCAGGCCGCUGCCGGGUUGGAGAGAAAUACAUAGAGAUAGGGGAGAGAGAGAGAGAAAGAGAACAAGGGAGAAAGAAGGAGAGAGAACGGGUAAGAGAGAGAGAAAAGAGAAUGAGGGUGAGAGAGAGAGAGAGAGAGAGAGAGAGAGGGUAAAACAACAGCAACAACAACAACAGGUCAUACAGAGUUGUAGUUGCAGAGCAAGUAAUGAUGAAACAAUAUGAAUUCAGUUUACAGGAUUAGGAUCUAAGUAAUUAUGGACUAUGUUAAAUUAAUUUAAUGUGAUUCCAGUCAGCAGGCCUCAUAGAAGAUAAUUUUAGAUUUAUAGUAUUAAUGUCGGUGAGGCUGAUGUUCAUGUCUGUAGCAACAGUCCAGAGCUGAUAAAAACUUUUUAUCAGCUAACCAUUCAUCCACAUUCAACUCCGCCCUUUUCUGCUGCUGAACUGGCAUCCGUCUUUUCAAGGCUCCAUUCAUUCUCUCUUCCUCUUUCCUUUAGGUGGUGUGUGUGGGCUCCUUCUCCCAGACACUCCGCCGCUACACCAGCCUGAACCACCUGGCUCAAGCAGCUCGCGCCGUCCUCCAAAACUCAGCCCAGAUCAAUCAGAUGCUUUCAGACCUCAACAGAGUGGAUUUCACUAACGUACAGGUUUGUUAAACUGUCCCUUCCUCUCGCAUUACCCCAUCUCACCCUGUGAAGGUGUUGUUAUUAUGACGGGCAGGAGCUUGACAUCCCACUAAUUUCGCUCCCAGGAACAGGCCUCCUGGGUGUGUCAAUGUGAAGACCGUGUUGUACAGAGGAUAGAGCAGGACUUUAAAACGACUCUGCAACAGCAAAACUCUUUAGAGCAGUGGGCCACCUGGCUCGAUGGAGUGGUCUCAAAGGCCUUGAAGCCAUACGAGCACAAUGCUGUUGCUCUACCAAAGGCUGCCAAGGUUUUUCUGCUUACCUGGUCCUUUUAUAGGUAAGGGAAGGAGCACACCUUCAAGUUCACAUUCAAGUUUAUUCGAUUCAGUAUUGACAUUAAAUGUGACCGUCUCUGCUUUCACAACAGCUCCAUGGUAAUCAGGGACCUCACUCUGCGCAGCGCUGCUAGUUUUGGCUCCUUUCACCUCAUCCGCUUGCUCUAUGAUGAAUAUAUGUACUACCUUAUAGAACAUAGGGUGGCCCAGGCCAAAGGAGUGACCCCUAUAGCAGUCAUGGGAGAGGUAAGUGUCUUCAAAGUCAGCUGCUCAUAUAGUUCAGUCUGCACUAUGAGGCCCAUAGUUAUAAAAGCACAACUCUUUUCUCUGUUCCAGUUUGCAAGCACAGCCAAGAGCCGGAUCUCUGCAGACCUGGAGAAAGGUAAUACUAGUGUGGGUACUUUGUGCACAAAUAGGAUGGGUUUCAGCCUUUGUUGACAGGUCAUCUGAUGUCUUUUUUUAUGCCUGUUUUUUUCACCAGAAGAAGAGGAGGAGGAAGAGGAGGAGGAAAGUGAAGAAGAGACCGGUGAUCUGGUGCUGCAGUCCAGCUCUCUAAGUGCUGUCAGUGAGGAGAAAGAGCCUAUAGAGCCGCCUGCCAAGCAGCCCAGGACAAGUUUAAAUCUUCACUCUCUGACAGAGAGCCACAGCACACCCCCUUGAAAACUCAUAUACUAUACAUGAAAUAAUCCACACACACACAUACACACUAACACACUUUGCUUUAACUUGAACAUGCCAUGAUCGCCAUCCCAUCCUGUCAAAUCAUGUAUGCUUCUUGUUUACCAACAGAUUCUUUGGUGAGUGUUUGUGUGUGUGUGUGAGAAAGUGGGAGAGCCCCUUUGCCAAGAUUUAUCAUGCCAAUUUUUCCUUUUUUGCCUUCACCUUCAUUGUUCAUGGUCCUUUAUCUCAUUCUCUGUGCCUUCCCUGUCCACCCAGUGUCAGUAGUCACUCCUGUCCAGCAAAAGCUACACUGUAUAGAAAUAUAUCAUCAUAAAUCGCUCCUGCCCCGCCUUAACCACUGAUCUGAGUGCUGUUAAGAGAUGUUCUUCAUUUUGCUCUAAAUGUCACUCACCUUGCCUUUUUAAAGCUAUUGACUAUGCAGGAGGGCUGGAUUUUAGUGACACUGUCUAUACUCAACAUUUUUUAACCCAGAGUUGCAUCUUAAAUGAUACUGCAUCAUGUUGUUGAGGAUGUUAACAGAUAGGAGUAUGCCAUAUUUUACUUUUAUACUUGUUUUUUUUUUUUUGCCCCUAUUUCUUAGUUGGCCGUUUAACCGAUACCCUGUGCCUUUGAGAGAUUACAAGCCUAAAAAAAAAAAUCUGUAUUCUAUAUAUUCUGUAUUGGUGGAUUAAUAAAUGAUGGUCCUGUGAAGUAGUCUUGAUGUUGUCAUGAAGUUUUACUCCCUAUGACAAAAGACCUGAGAUGGUGACAGUGAAGCCUUGUUGUGGUGGUUCUGCCCAGUUUGUUGGUCCUCAUCAAUCCAUCUUUUUUUAUUUUCUCAUCAUCCAUCCACUUUUUAAGCCCCCUGUCUCUCUCUGUUUUCACACUGCUUACCCCCCAGCACAACUCUUUGUACCAGCUAGGUGUACUAGCUAUCGCUGUCUCAAACUUUGGGUAGUGUAAAAGUAGAUGUUUAUUUUCCGGGUUCUAAUGUGGAAUAUUUUGUAGAUAAACACAUGUUCUGUACCUUUUGUCUACACAGUUGUUUAUCCAAAGUAUUCGUAUGUUGUUCAGCCAUUACUGCCUUAAAGAAAUAUGUCAUGGCAUCCACCAUCCAGAUGAUUGAGCUUUAUUUUUAUAACGAUGAUGGGCCAAGGAUGUGAAUAUAUAGACCUUUUAAAACCCAUAAGCAGAUAUUGAUUUUAUGGAGUGUAUAACCUUGAAAAUGGUUGAAAAAUAGACAAUUAGAGAUUUUAGUUGGAUAUCCUGCAGGAUGGGCAGACUCCCCAAAGAACACAAAUUUAUCCAGAUUCAGAGCAGGGAAAAAAAACAAGAUUUUGAGUUGAAAAUGAGUAACCCCUGCUAAUCACCUUGUCUCUAUUAUACAGAAAUAUGACCUGGAUUCUGUCUUAAGCUUGUGCUGCUGAACCUUUUGUAAAUGUGAUAAAAAGACCUUUGUACUGACACAUGUGAUCAACACAUGUAGCUUUAUUCUCUAUGUUAACUAAACAGAUGUGGCUGCUGUCCAAA